AAAUGGACCAGUGACUUCCUAAAACGACAGUCUCUUUUCACAUUUGUUGCCUUGUAGACAAUUCGUGAACCGGCGUUGUUGAAGCAAUCGGUGUGUUGAAGCAAUCGAAACGGCUUUUUUUACCAAAUUUUAACUUUUACAUUCAAACAUGAGGGAGUGUAUAUCGGUUCACAUUGGUCAGGCAGGAGUGCAAAUUGGCAAUGCUUGCUGGGAGUUAUACUGCCUGGAACAUGGAAUACAACCGGACGGACAAAUGCCGUCAGAUAAAACUAUCGGCGGUGGAGAUGAUUCAUUCAAUACGUUUUUCAGUGAAACCGGCUCCGGUAAACAUGUGCCGCGAGCAGUUUUUGUAGAUCUUGAGCCAACAGUUGUAGAUGAGGUUCGAACCGGAACCUAUCGUCAGCUAUUCCACCCAGAACAGCUCAUAACAGGCAAGGAGGACGCCGCCAACAACUAUGCCCGAGGACAUUAUACAAUAGGGAAGGAAAUAGUCGAUAUUGUUUUAGACCGUAUCAGGAAACUUUCCGACCAAUGCACGGGCCUACAAGGAUUUCUUGUUUUCCAUUCGUUUGGUGGUGGAACGGGAAGCGGUUUCACAUCUUUACUUAUGGAACGAUUAUCGGUUGACUACGGAAAAAAAUCCAAACUUGAGUUUUCCAUCUACCCGGCGCCUCAGGUCUCGACGGCGGUAGUGGAGCCGUACAAUUCCAUUUUGACUACUCAUACUACCUUGGAGCAUUCGGAUUGUGCGUUCAUGGUCGAUAAUGAGGCUAUUUAUGAUAUUUGUCGUCGAAAUCUAGAUAUUGAGCGCCCUACUUAUACCAACCUAAAUCGUUUGAUUGGGCAAAUAGUAUCCUCAAUCACCGCGUCACUUCGAUUUGAUGGGGCUCUGAACGUGGAUCUUACUGAGUUUCAAACUAAUCUGGUUCCUUAUCCUCGCAUCCAUUUCCCAUUGGCUACGUAUGCUCCUGUAAUAUCAUCAGAAAAAGCAUAUCAUGAACAGUUGACCGUUGCCGAAAUCACCAAUGCAUGUUUUGAGCCAGCAAAUCAAAUGGUGAAAUGCGAUCCUCGGCAUGGAAAAUAUAUGGCUUGCUGCAUGCUUUACCGUGGAGAUGUAGUACCGAAAGACGUUAAUGCUGCUAUUGCCACUAUCAAAACUAAAAGGUCGAUUCAAUUCGUUGAUUGGUGUCCAACUGGAUUCAAGGUUGGCAUUAACUACCAACCUCCGACUGUAGUUCCUGGUGGCGAUUUAGCAAAGGUACAACGAGCUGUUUGUAUGCUGUCCAACACAACAGCUAUAGCUGAAGCUUGGGCCCGUUUGGAUCAUAAGUUUGAUUUGAUGUAUGCCAAGAGGGCAUUUGUUCAUUGGUAUGUAGGAGAAGGUAUGGAAGAAGGAGAAUUUUCCGAGGCUCGGGAAGAUUUAGCGGCUCUAGAGAAAGAUUACGAAGAGGUCGGAGUUGACUCAAUGGAGGAAGUAGGCGAAGGCGAUGAGUAUUAAUGGACCCACUGUAAAAGGCUUAACUCAUUGAUGUGAGCUUAAUAUGUACACGUUGCGCUCGUUGCAGUUUAUUUUGGUUUCUAAGCGAUUUUAGGUGAAUAAUGUGGAAAAUUCACCCUAAUCUCAUUUGACAACCAAGCGUCACAUCUACUAUUACCAAAACACAAAGAAGAAAACAAUACUGCUUUAAUGGAUUAUAUUAUUAAAUUAAGGAAUACUAAAAACUGCCCACUUGACCAAAUUUCAAUGAGGACAGGCUAAAAGUGAUACAUUUAUAUAAAUUCAAUACAUGAAAGUGCACAAUUUCAA